CGUCAACUAAUCAGCAUGGAUCGCGCUCCAUGUUCGGCCGAGGAAGCAAUGCGGUGUCCCCGCGGAUAGGGCGUGCAGUUCUCGUGUUGUACCUCGCCGUUUUUUUUCGUGAUCAGUGAACGUGUUACGAAUCGACUGGUGCUCGGGACAACAAUAUACCGCUGAAUCUCGGUCGGAUCGUCGAGUGUUUACGAGUGAUUUGGUGAAUUUUGUGGAUCGUGGUUACACGACGCGAAUGAGGUGAAUGCUCGGCGGCAGUGGUGCGGUAGAGAAAACCGCCAAAAUUAUCAUUUACUUCUGUUCAAUUUCUCAUCCUAAUCACGGCAACGAGCUGUUGUUGGUGUAUUUGUGAUUCGUAUGUGCCAGUGCGCGGUCUCGAAGGUGUUCCAGGCAUUUGUUAUUAUUUUGCUGCGGUGCUUUUGACCCGAAAGCGGGCGAGUUCACUCGAGCCUGUCUAGAGGGGUGUCCGGUGCCUUGUCUGCAACGGCUGCCCGCGGCACGCAACUCCGAUAUUCCCUGGCAACGCUUGGCACCUUGGAUCUCCUCGAAUAUCUCUCGACUCUUCUACGUACUGGAAAUCCCGUGGGUGUUGGCCUGGUUUUAGAAGAAUGAUGUAAAUGCGAAGACAAUUAUUUGCCGAAAAGAAACGUCAAUCGAUACUGCUACAUUUCGAUAAGAUAAGCAACAUCGUCUCGCAUGCAACGGCUACGAACUGUAACCGCUGUAACAUUGCCGGAAAAGCUUGAAAUUAUUCAAACUCUCCUCGAAAGAAGCGAGAGUAAACAAAACAAAUAAGAAGACAGAGAAGAAGAAGUAACGAAAAACAAAUACCUGUUCAACUAAUCAUUUAUAGUAUAAAAAAAAGUGCAACAAAACAAACAAACAAACAAACUAACAAAAACCGACUGAAGUCUUAACUUUGACUUAAAUAAAAUAGCAACAAAUCACCGCCAAAGUAGUGUUAAAAAAAAAAAAAGAAAAAGAAAGAAAGAAGACGAACGUUAGUGUAUAUAAGAGCUAUUUUUCCUACGCAAAAGAAACAAAACAAAACAUAUUUCUCUAACUUUCGGGUAAAUUUAUAAUUAUACACUCUCGAUAGCCGUAAAUAAUACUGCCAAGAGGGAUAAAAAGAAGGGAAGAGAGAGAAAGAGAGAAAAUAAAGCAUAAAGAGGAGGAAAAGACGUGUAAAUUUCGUUUAGCCGAAAGAUUUAACACAUGUGAUUGUUGUCUGUCGCGCGGCCUAUCGAAUUGUUUAUAUCGACGAGCCUAAUUUGCCGGUAACAUCACAGUCAUCGUCGUAAUCGUAAUCGUAAUCGUUGUAUCGAACAGUUGCUAAGAUAGAACAAUAAUUUGCGUUUGAUGAUGACGAUGACGACGAUGAAAAAAAUAUCCGGAAAGCAAUAAAGACACCGAUGAUGACGCAAGGGAAACUGUAAAAUCUGUCGGAGUGUUUGAAGUAAAUUUCCAGCUAGACGUGGGACAACGACAAGUAUCAACGGAAGCCGAGUGUCUGGCUGGACGUCUCCAUCAUCGUCAUUGUCAUUCGUGAUAAGAGUCGGAGCGUUGGAAGCGCCGGUAAAAGAAUAAAAAGAAAAGGAAGACAAGAAACGAGAGGAAAAAUUAUACACGCGUAAAAACUUUUCUUCGAGUGCGCUCGCGUGUUUCCUGUUUUCGUGGUAUUAUUGUAACACACAUGAUCCGUUCGUGCGGUUUGGCGGUAUUAAUAAGCAAAAUUUUAAGAACAGGAAGUGAGAAGAUAAUCGAAUCGAAAGAAGAAGCUUAAAACAUAAAGGGGUAAAAAUUUGACGUAGCCCUUGUGAGGCGAUAUAUUAUUAUUAGUACUAUUAUUAUUUCGAGUGAAAAUCUUAGCCGGUAUAAGUGUAAGAAAGAACAAGAAGAAGACGAGAGAAAACAGGAAGUAGAGCCUGGUGGAUGCAGAGCAACCCAGUGGCCUGCGAGCCAAAUGUUAUGAGCCUUUGAGAACUGCCGUUGGCAGUCGGCGGCGCGGGUAUGGAGUACGGCGGCGGUGGCGUUAGUGCCCGUGGGGGUGGCGGGGGUGUUCAACCCUCAACAGUAACGCGAGGUGUAGCAGGCACCGACACUACCGAUGCCGCGUGGCACAAGCACGAGCAGAUGAUCCUUAUGGAAUCCAGGCAGAAGCAGCAAAUGAGCGGAAGACAAGCGGUGGGUGGAGCGCCACUCUAUGGUCGUCUCGUCGCCGAGGAACCCCUGCCCACCGUCUGCAUGGGACCAGGGUGCAGCACUGGGACGGCGUCGGGGGAAACGCCCGCCGAUAUCCACGCGAUGCAGGCGCGAAUACCUCACCGGUUUCGAGACCCCGCAAUGGCACCCCUUCGCAAGCUUAGCGUCGACCUCAUCAAAACGUACAAACACAUCAACGAGGUAUACUAUGCCAAGAAAAAGCGAAGGGCGCAACAAUUGCAAGGCGAAGAUGGGUCCCAUAAAAAAGAGAAAAAAAUAUAUAACGACGGCUGGGAUGAUGAUAACCACGAUUACAUCAUCAAGAAUGGCGAGAAGUUCCUUGAUCGUUAUGAAAUCGAUUCUUUAAUAGGCAAAGGAAGUUUUGGCCAAGUAGUAAAAGCCUUCGACCAUGUGGAACAGACUCAGGUGGCUAUAAAAAUAAUAAAAAAUAAGAAACCUUUCCUUAACCAAGCGCAAAUUGAAGUCAGGUUACUGGAAUUGAUGAACAGAGCAGACACCGACAACAAGUAUUAUAUAGUUAAAUUGAAAAGGCAUUUCACAUGGCGAAAUCAUCUGUGUUUGGUAUUUGAGCUACUUUCCUAUAAUCUGUAUGAUUUAUUGAGAAAUACCAACUUCCGAGGUGUGUCUCUCAACCUGACGAGAAAGUUUGCACAGCAGCUAUGCACUGCCCUGAUGUUUCUGUCCACACCGGAAUUGAAUAUCAUACACUGUGAUCUGAAACCUGAAAACAUCUUACUUUGUAAUCCAAAAAGGAGUGCAAUCAAGAUUGUAGAUUUUGGGAGUUCGUGUCAACUUGGACAGAGGAUAUAUCAGUAUAUUCAGUCUAGGUUUUAUCGCUCUCCUGAAGUCCUGCUUGGAAUACCUUACGACUUGGCGAUAGAUAUGUGGAGCCUUGGCUGCAUUUUGGUGGAAAUGCACACUGGAGAACCGCUUUUUAGCGGGGCUAACGAGAUUGACCAAUUUAACAAAAUCGUCGAGGUAUUAGGAAUGCCAUCAAAGCUCAUAAUCGAGCAGGCACACAAGAUGAGGAAGUUCUUUGAAAGACUUCCGGGGGAUGGCGCUUAUGUACUGAAAAAAUCAAAAGAUGGAAAAAAGUACAAGCCGCCAGGUUCACGACAGCUGCAGGACAUUCUCGGUGUUGAAACUGGGGGUCCAGGCUCUAGGAGAUUAGGGGAAGCAGGUCAUUCGGUCUCAGAUUACCUCAAGUUUAAAGAUUUGAUACUGAGAAUGUUGGACUAUGACCCAAAGACGAGAAUAACACCUUAUUACGCGCUCCAACAUAACUUUUUCAAAAGGACAGCUGACGAAGGGACCAACACAAACAUAGCUGCAACUAGCAGCUCCAAUACUAGUCCAGCGGUGGUUUCACUGAGCCAAGAUCACGGACUGCUAACCAUGUCAGGACAGAGCAGUGGCACCAGCAGCUUAAUGCAAAUGCCAAGCCUCCCUGGUGGCUAUCAACCAAUGGAGUGUGAAUCUUCACCGCGUCACUCAGGUAGCCGGCGUGCCAUAACUUCACGUUAUACGUCAACAACCACCGGGGCCUCUACGUCCGCCGCAUCAUCUAUGCAAUCCAUGGAUGGGUCUCUGAUCCAAAACUCUCUCAGCUCCUACAAUAGCCUAAUACUUCCCGGCAUACCCCACUUGCCUAGCAUGAUGGCUUCUCCCAUGAUUCAACAACAAAACUAUUACAAUUAUGGAUAUCCAGCAGCUGAUGCACACGGAAUGAUUAGACAAACUUCAACGGUCACUUCUACGAAACAAAGAGAUCCGGAAAGAGAAGACAGUCCAAUGGUUGGAGUGUGCAUGCAACAAAGUCCAGUUGCCAUCCAUUGAAUGAAAUCGCGGCGACAAAUGUGGCGCAAGAGCAACACUAUGAAAUAAUGUCGUGAUUCUGGAAUGACAGUAGAUAAUCAUCUGACAGCAAUUUCAGAUUUCCAGAAAUUGUAUUUAAGUAUCCGUUAGAAAUCGACGAGAAGACUAAAGCGUUGGAUAAACAUAGAAUCCAUACAUGAAAAAAGUAUGAAGUAAAAAUUUAAAAAUGCAAAAGAAUAAGAAUAGAAUGAGUAAAUACUAAUUAUCAAACAACAUCAUUGCGAAUUACUAUCAGAUUCAAGCUUUGAUUAUUUUUUUACGUUGGUCCCGUUUGGAUUGGUUUUGCAACGUGAAACAAGUCUUGGAUGAAAUGACAAGUUUGGAAAAACACUCGAUAACUCUUAAUUCAAUAGACAACUCUAAAGAUUUAGAGAUACAUUGACAUAAAUAUUUGUUCUACAUGUAAAUAACAAAUGGGCAACUGAUGUUUAUCAAAGAAAGACGUCAACGAAAUGGCAUAUGCUGGCAUGUGUGUUCGUUAUAUCUACUUUGGCAAUUUGACCUUUAGUUUCCAGUCCUUCUUCAGAUGUUCAGAGGUUUGGGUGUUCAGAAGUUUGGUACCUUGGGCGACAAUUUAAUCUGACGCAAUUAAUUUUUCUUAUCAUUGAACAUUAUGGGAGGGGAAAUAAUCACUACCUUCAAAAUUGCAAUAUAGAGCAAACUGAACGUUGGAAAAAAUAGAACGAACAAAGAAAAGUAAUGAAAACACAGAAAAGACAUUUUCCAGUUGCAGAAUAACAAAAAAAGACCGCUUUAAGGAACAGGACAGACCUAACAGCGGGUGAAGUUGACGUUCAAUCGAGAGAGAUUAACAAAUGUUCGGAAGCGGACAGACACGGCCUAGUGUGGAUGAACCCAAUUGGCCCCUCGGGUCCUGCCCGAUUCAAACGAACAUUGAAACAGUUUAAUCGGUAUCUGAUAAGUAAAUGUCGGCAUCCCAACUGUAUGGCCUAGAGAGCAAAAAAGUGAUAAUUAUUAUUACUGCAUAAAAUAACCAUGUAAUCAUGUACUCCAUAGAGUUUUAUACAGUGUCACGAAUGUAAUGGUUAGCAAUUAUUAAUGAGAAAAGAAGACAGUCGCGUUGAAUGCUAGAUAUUUGUACAAUACACUUAGGUGAACGAUAAGAGAGUGCAGCUUUAGGGAUUAGCAUUUAAGUAUAAAAACUAUAAAACUGACUCUUUUGUUUACUUCAUUGAAAAAAAAGUAUCGUCAAAGUACGAUACUUGCGCAAAAAUCAGUUUGUUGUUGAAAAGGACUUUAAACGAACGAGGUUUGCGCAGCUUAACAAUACAUAUUUAUACAUAAAAAAAGCAUUAAUCAGGAAGUUAACAUAUACAUGUAAGGUUGAUCAAGAACGGUAUAAUCGUACAAGAACUAGAUACUUUAUAAUAAACAGUACGGGCUAUCACACGCGUAAAACAUAUACAUGCAUACAUACAUACAUACACACACACGUAAAUAAAUUUCCAGUAGAUCGCAAUUGAUUUUUGCCGUUUGCUCUUAUCGCAUUGCUUGUGCUACUUUCAUGGAUUUAAAAGGGUUUUUCACCUAUUUUCUAUUAAUUUUGAAUAUUACGGAAAGAAACAAUGAAUCUAAUUGAAGCUGAAUUGAAUUUUCUGUGAAACGAAAGUUGUUUUUUGAAAACUUUCCUUCGACUAUGUCGCUUUUGUUUUACACCAUAUUAUUCUUGAACACCCAUCAAGCCAAUGUUGUAUAUUAAUAUACUACCAAGAAAUUUAUAUUCAAUUUUGUCUUUAAUAGCUGCUACACAAAACCUAUCGCUUGCAGGCAAACAUUUACAUAAGUCUUACAUUGCUCGACGUUGGCACUGAUAGAUAAAUCAUCAGGGUUGUCGUAAUUCACUAUUUUUAUGUAAUUGAUAUAAACGAAUUUAAGAGAAUAAUAAAUUUUGCUGGCAAAGCGAUAUUUCACUAUUUUUGUGUAAUUGCUACUUCAAGAAAGACUGCUCAUUCUUACACAAACAAAAUUUUUGAUCAGCACGCAGAUACCAAUAUAUGUUGAUUUUUUCUUACUGAAAAUUGUUAUAACAAAUUAUUGGGUUAUGAAAUAUUUAAUUAACUUGUCAUUCAAAGUGUUCCUUGGAUUUGCUUGAAACCAAGUAUGCAUCAUGCUCUGUUAUCGGAUAUGAAUUUCCACACGUGCAGUGUACAGACAUCAUGAAAUGUUUUAUUGCCAGACACGAUCUUGGAGGUGUUUUUGUAUCGACGGAAGAUAAUAUAGCUAUACUUAUAAGGGUAAACCGAGAUGAUUGAAAAUGCUGAGAAAUUUUUAAGAAUAAAUUCUCUCAUCUUCAAGAUUUCAAUAAACGGCAAAAAUCAGUUUACUUCAACAAAACCAAAAAAAUUUCAUGAUUUCACACAAGUUUAAUUUUCCAAAUUCCUCAUAUGUAUGUUCUGCAUUUGAAAAUCACAGGGUCUAUGUUUAGAUUAGAUUUCAAGUUUGAGCUGUUCGAGAAAUACUGUUUUCAUUCUUCAUUUUCAAAAUCUUUCCCAGAACAAGUAACAGAUUUAACAGAUUCGUUAGAAAUAUUUUCGAAAAUAACCGGAACCAGCUAACCAAUCACUUAAGUUUUUGCAUAACAACCGACGUCUUGAACAAAAUUAACCUUUGGUUCACAAGCCAGGUUAUGUUACUCGUGUAAAAUAAAUAAGGCUCAGGCCCUGUGGUUCCCCAGAAUACAAAUGAUUUUCGACAAUGUAUUGAAGCUUUUUAUUAUGAUUGUUGUUUUUAACGAAUUAAUAUUGUUUAUCGAUAGUGAAAUAAUCGGUUAAUUAUGUAAUUUUUAGUUACUGUAGUACUGACUAAUUGAAACUAGCAAUUUUGGCCACCCUGGUGAAUCCAAGCUAGCUAUCAAUGAAUAAAUUGUAGACAAUUUUUUUGGGGUAUGAUUAUUUUAACUAUUAUCGUUGAAGGCACUUUUUUCUGGCGAACUCUUUCAACAGAGGUGAGCCGCGAGACGACGAAAAAUUCAGAAUUUUAUCAGCAUGUGAAAAUAAUUUAAUUAUCAAAUAUUGCAAUAAUUUCAAUGUACAUUUUCUUCAUUUCCAUAUCUUCUGUUUCCUUCCCAAUCAGUGAAAGUAUAUGUAUAUACGUGUGUAUACGAAGUUUUUCUUUUUCCAUCUGUUUUUUUUUCUUGCUUUGAGUUCCUAGCAUGCACGUCGUUUGGCGACGAUUAUUUCUGAUGAAAAUGUUGCCAUUUAAAAAUUGUCACAAAAUGCGGAGUAUUUAAGUAAAUUAGUAAACACAGAAAUGUAUACAUCUACAUAGUGUAAGGACUGAUUAGGACCUGUUCCAGUCUUAUCUGAUAAUUUUAUUUUAGUCUUUAUUGAACAUUACCUCCAACCAUCCUUAUGCCUUGCAUACGUCUGCACAAAUUCUCUUGUAGCUUGAUCAUUCGUUGAUGGGUAUAGGGGUUAUCAAUAUUCAAUUUUGUGACGAGCUUCACAGACACUACUACAAAUUAAUACGAUUGGAGUAAAUAGCAAGGUUUGCACUCCGGAAGAGAUAUUUUUUCAAACAAUAAGAGUUUUAAUGACAUCAUCACUACAAAUGUUAUUUAGAAUAAAUUCGCAUUGUAAAUAAUAACCACUAUUCCCACAUAGAAAAAACUUGUAGCAUGCCGUUGGAUACAACCGAAGAGUUUUUUUGAAAGCGUGUGUAUAAAAGUUCAUUCAGAGUUCGACCAUGUAUGAACUACUAAUCCUUAUCCUGCAUUUGUCAUAUUUUUAAAAACCAAUUAAAUAACAUAUUACAAUACAGCUUCGCAUUGUAAAUCUGUUAUCGAAGUUCCACGAGGUUAAUAGGUUCUUUAUAAUGUUAGACAGAUAUUUCGGAACUGGUCAUGGUCAGUGCAAGGUAACAUAAGUUUCCUAACGUCAAGUGUAAAACAUUGUGUUCAGAAAAUAUACUACUAUAUGACUGAUAUAUCUGAAAAACGGCGAGCACCUGGAAUUUGAGAAGGACCCUUUAUAAUCUCAAGCUACAAUUGCAAGCCGUGAAAUAGGAAAAAAAAUAUAUGAGAAUGCAGAAAGCAACUGACUUAUAUAGAAAAAAAAAUAAUAAUAAACGCUCCAAACAGUUCUGUAAUCUAACAUGUACACAUUGUCAUUUAUUAUUAUUAUUAUUAUUAUUAUUAUUAUUAUUAUUAUUAUUAUUAUUAUUACGAUUAUUAUUAUUAUUAUUAAUUAUUAUAUAAUAUUGUAAUUGAAAAUAUUUGAAACGGAUAUUACAUAAGGUUAAUAAACAAA